AUGUCUACAACAGAAACUGUUCAAACUAUAUUGGACUGUUUAAAAAAGACAGUUUUAGAAGAAGGUAAUUCAGUAAAUUAUAGAUGGAUUUCUGAUCAAUUUAAAAUUCAUCCAGAUGUCUCAAAAGAGAUAUUAUCAUAUUUUUAUAAUAAAAAUAAAGAUGUAAUCUCACCAAUAUUUGUAUUAUCGGGUGUAUUAAAGGAACAUCCAAAUGUAAUAACAUUUAUACUAGCAUCAAAUGAUAGUUUGGAAAGUUCAAAACAAAAAUUUAAAUCAUUAUUUAGUGAAAAUAUUUAUAGUAUUUCAAAUGGUAAAUCGUUACCAAAAGAUCCAUUAAAUGUUAUCCAAUUAAGUUAUAUAGCAUUUAAAGAUAGAUAUAGGAAUAUUGUUGCAUUAGGUUCUGAUUAUUUUAAUAAACAAAUACCAAUAAAAUCAAAAACAUUUAAAAAGAAAGAAUUAAAGAGAGCAUUACCAAUUGCAGUUGAACCAACACCAUAUAGACAUCAAGCACUACCAAAACCAGCAAUUUUACCAAUAACAUCAGCUCCAAUUGGUGCAAAGAAACCAGCAGCAACAACACAAGGAUCAUUAAAUAGUUUCUUUUCAAAAACAGCAGAUGAUGGAAAAUCUGGAAAUGAAGCAAAAGUUUCACUUUUUUCAAUGUUUACAAAAGAUGAACCAAAAUCAUCAACACCAUCAGUUAAAAAAGAGGAUACAACUAAAAAAUCAAAGAAUAUUUCAACUAGUAGUAGUAGUAGUAAAAAAGCAGCUGCUAAAAAGAAAGACUCUGGUAGUAUCAAUUCAAUUAUUAAAAAGAAAAAGAGAUCAUCUUCAGAUAGUGAAGAUGAAAGUGAAAAUAGUGAAGAUGAUAUAAAAUUACCAAGUUAUAAAAGAAAUAAAAAAAUCAUUCACAAUGAUAGUGAUGAUAGUGAUAAAGAAGAAGAAGAAGAAGAAGAAGAAGAAAAAGGACCAUCAUUCAUCUCUAAAAAAAGACAACUAUCAUCAUCAUCCGAUAGUGAAGAUAAUCAUAGUGAUAAUGAAUCAGAACAAAAUAUUAAAAAACAAAAACUUGAAAAAGAACAACAAUUAGAAAAAGAACGUUUAGAAAAAGAGAAAAAAGAAAAAUUAGAAAAAGAGAAAAAAGAAAAAUUAGAAAAAGAACGUUUAGAAAAGGAGAAAUUAGAAAAAGAGAAAAAGGAGAAAUUAGAAAAAGAAAAAUUAGAAAAGGAGAGACUAGAAAAAGAAAAAUUAGAAAAAGAGAAAAAGGAGAAAUUAGAAAAAGAGAAAAAAGAAAAAGAAGAAAAAGAACGUUUAAAAAAAGAAAAAGAAAAUUUAGAAAAGUUAAAAUCAAAAUCAAAAUCACCAUCAAAAGAAACCUCUAAAAAAGAAAAAACUAUUUUUGUAAAAGAAGAAGAAAAAGAAGUUAAAAAAGAAAAAGAAGAAAAAGAAGUUAAAAAAGAAAAAGAAGAAAAAGAGGAAGAAGAAGAAGAAGAGGUAAUUGAAAAACCAAUUAAAAAGAAAUCUUCAACUCCAAUUCCAACUCCAACCAAAUCCUCACAAAAUAAAUCAUCUUCAACUCCAACUAAAUCACCAAUUCAAAAGAAAAAAUCAAUAAUUAAACAAGAAAGUGAUGAAGAAAUGAAAGAUCAAGAACAAGAGGAUGAAGAAGAGCAAGAGGAAGAGGUAAUCAAAACAAAGAGACCUGUAAAGAAAAAUAAAACAAUUGUUGAAAGUAGUGAUGAUGAGGAAGAAAAGGAAAAAGAAAAAGAAAAAGAAAAAGAAAAACAAGUUAAAUCACCAAAAUUAUCAAAAAAUGCAACUAUCACAUCUUCAAUUGUUAAACCAGCUGCUCCAGUUGUUAAACAACGUGCUGCAACUUCACCAAAAUCAAAGGUUAAGGAAGAACCAGUUAAAAAGGAAAAGGAUGAAGAUCAAGAAGAGAAAGAAGAAGAAGAAGAACCUGUUGCGGAAAAGAAAACAAAAUCUAAAUCCUCUCCAAAGAAACCUACUGCCUCUAAAUCCAAAAAGAAAGCAGCACCUGAACCUGAUAAAAAACAAACAAAUAUCAUGUCUUUUUUCGCUAAAAAAGAGUAA